AUGGACUACUCACUUCAAAAUCACCGCUCUUUUGUUGGCUCCAAGGCCACAGAGUUACCUACUCCCUCACUUAUUGUCAGUCUGCCAGUCGUCAAGAGAAAUGUUGAGAGGCUACACCAGGAUGUCGACAAGGCGGGGGUAUCUUUUAGACCUCAUGUUAAAACACUCAAGAGCACGGAAGUUACCAGGUUGAUGCUUGGAAAUGGCAAGUUCAAGAAGGCCGUUGCUUCAACCCUAUCGGAGAUCCGAGGUCUCCUGCCACUAGCGGAGGAAGGCAUACUUGAGGAGGUACGGGUUCUCUAUGGCCUUCCAGUUAGCUCUGGUGUUAUCCCAUUAUUGAGCGAGAUCCGCAAGUCCGUUAGAAUACUUCUCAUGAUUGACCACGAGAAACAAAUUUCUCUGCUGGAAGACUUUGCGAAGAAAAGCCCCGAAGCAUCCAAGACGCCAUGGGAUGUUUUCAUCAAGCUUGACGUGGGUACCAAGCGCGCAGGUAUGCCUCUCAACAGUGAACGUCUUCAGAAAGUCAUCCACAGAGUGAAUGAAUCUGCGAUUGUAUCUCUUUACGGGUUUUACUGCCAUGCCGGACACUCUUAUGGAUGCAGGACGCAGGAAGAGGCCGAAACGGUCUUGACAGAUGAGAUCAAUGGUGUACUCAGUGCCGCAAAGUUGAUUGUCGGCGAGCAGAAGUUGACUCUGUCCGUCGGCGCUACGCCGACAGCUCACGUUGUGGGUAGUCUCAAAACAGCAAUCCCAACCAACGUGACCCUAGAGCUCCAUGCCGGAAACUUUCCUGCAAAUGACCUCCAGCAGGUGGGCACAGGGUUGGUUUCAACUGAGGACCAAGCUGUAAGGGUUGCUGCCGAGGUUUGCAGUGUCUAUCCCGAGCGUAACGAGGCUCUCAUCAACGCAGGAGCUAUCGCGCUGUCCAGAGAGACAGGCCCAUCCCCGGGAUUUGGCAAUGUGGUAGGAAAGCCGGGGUGGGCUAUUGUCCGCGUGUCUCAAGAGCACGGCAUCAUCGGCGAAGCUCAGGUGCCUGGGCUUAAAAAUGCCGAGCCGGAGAGUAGAAAUGUGGAGGCGAACUUUGAUGUCGGUGACAGGAUAUUCCUUUACUGUCAACACUCCUGCAUUACCGCAGCUGCGUUCCAUGUUUACUACGUGGUAGAUGAGAACGAUAUUGUGCAGGACACUUGGAUCCCAUGGAAGGGUUGGUGA